AUGGGUGGUUCACUGCUUCGCGUUCCACAAUUCUUACCUUACGUUGUCUCCUGGAUUACUGAUCAAAUGCCACAAUUACCCCAGUGUCCAUUGGCCUGUUUCUUACCUAUGAUACUACUCCGGCCAGUGCGUGUAUUCCAUCGGCCGGGUGAAAACGCCCCCUACAUCGUAGAGCUCUACGUCGUGGCCGACGAGAAAUUUGUCAGCUCCUUCUCCCACGAUGUUGCCCGCGUUGUGACUCGGGUUAACAGUAUUUUCAAGGUGGUAAAUUCGGUAUUUACUCGAUUCAAUGUGCAAUUUGUGAUAGUGGGGCUGGAGAUUUGGGAGAAGAAUCGAGUUAACCUUGAGGCGGAGGAGCACUUUCUAAGAACACUGGCCAGUUUCAAACGAACGGAGGUUAAUACUCGGCAUGACUGUUUGCUCGCACUUUUGGGUGACGAUGAUCAAUCCUCUACCACUCGGGGUCGGGCCAACAGUCAAGUCAUGUGCAAAUACUCCUCCUGCGUCUCAUUUGUUCGUGAUUCGCCCUACAUGGAGGUGAACGAGACCGCACGAACAGCGGCUCAUGAAUUGGGUCACACGUUCGGUCUUCGGCACGACACGGAGGAUUGUGAAUGCCAAGGUUGUAUCAUGGCCACUGGUGUUGAAUUUGGAACUGCGACAAUGGGAUGGUCUCCAUGUUCUGUUCGAGAUAUGCCAAAUCUUCUGCACUACGGUAUGGGUGCGUGUCUUCAUGAUAUUCCCGUUCAAUCUCACACCAGUCUUCUGCCAAGGCAGUCGCGUGAGGUGGAUGUUAACGGACCGAGUAGCAUUCACACCUACACCAUUAUCAACACUCAACGUGGCACUCCAGAACUUCUUCAAUCCACCCCACUUCCACUCAAAGUGUCCCUUUGUGGAAAUGGAAAGUUGGAUCCUGGAGAGGAGUGUGACUGUGGAGAUAGCGAAACCUGCCCAAUAGAAGUUCAAGCCUGUUGUGAUGUUGGAACUUGCAAAUUUCGAGAGGGAGCCGAAUGUGCCUCAGGACCUUGUUGUGAUAUCCGGACGGUCUAUGGAGAUCCAUCUAAGACAACCUGCAAACUCAAAUCGAGCGGCACAAAGUGUCGAGAUGUCGGUAACUCCUGCGAUCUACCCGAGUACUGUGAUGGCCAGUCAGAAUGGUGUCCCGCUGAUGUCUACAAAACUGAUGGUGAAACAUGUUAUACCAAAGAGGGAUAUAGGGUAUGUUUUGUUUUCCCAUUAGCUUAA